AUAGGACUGGUGAUGGCGGCUCGGGGAGAGAGGUGCCGGGGAGAAGAAGCCUGUCAGCAAGGAGCGUCGCUGUUCUGAAAGCCGCCCACCCUUAACCACACGCCCCUGCACCACGUUACAGCCCAGUGGCGUAUAGAAGCAGCCCGGUCGGUUCUCGGGCCCACAGGCGGGGGAAGAAAUUUUACGAUUCCAAAUAUAGGCUGACAAGGGAGCAGACAUCAUGUGUGUCGGACCUCUGAAGCGAUUCUGCCACUGGGGGCCACUGAUCGCUCUUGGUAUCAUCAAGUCAGUAACAUUUGCCACUGUGAGCUGCCUCUCCCAAUGGUGGCCUCCCCAUGAGUCCUGGGGCAGCAGUGUGCUCUUCUUCACCUUCAUGAGCUGUGCUGUCCUCACCCUGUACUGCUUCCUCCAUGCAAUGUUCACUGGGCCUGGCACAAUGCCCCUCAAGUGGGAGCCUGAGAAGGCAGAAGAUAAGCAGUUCCUUCAGUUCUGUGGCACCUGUGAGGGCUACAAGGCUCCCCGCACUCACCACUGCCGCAAAUGUGGACGUUGUGUGAUGAAGAUGGACCACCACUGUCCCUGGAUCAAUAACUGUGUCGGCCACAAAAACCACUGCUCCUUUACCUUCUUCCUGCUCUUUGCUGUCCUGGGAUGUGCACAGGCAUCUGUGGUGUUGUCCCUCUCAAUAUACCACGCAAUACACAGAACAUGGUACAUCUAUUAUGGCACUGGGAGGGAGCCCAUCGUGUACAUGAGCCUCUGGGGGAUGGUGAUGUGUAUGUUCGUGUUGGGCUUGGCCAUUGGUGUGGUGCUGGCUGUUGGCAUGCUUCUCUACUUCCAGCUCCGGGCAAUAUUACGGAACAGAACAGCCAUAGAAGACUGGAUCCUGGAGAAGGCUGUGCAUCGCCGGGGAAUGAUGGACCAGCCCUUCAUCUAUCCGUACAACCUUGGGUGCUGGAAUAACUUUAAGCAGGUCAUCAACUUCUCAUGUGAGCCUAUAGGUGACGGCAUCAUGUGGCUGGUGCGGACUGAGUGUCACCAGUACACUCUCACUAUUGAGCAACUGGAGCAGAAGGCUGAGAAGCGUGCUCGGUGUCGUGAGUACCAGGUGGUGCAGAGUUACUCAGGCUGGUGGUUCCCCUGCACCAAGGGCCUGGGUGUGUGCUGCCACCCACCCUGCACUGAUGAGCCCAGGAUCUCCUUGCAGCUGGGCGACAUUGUGGCUGUUACUCGCUGGAAAAAGUACUGGUUGUAUGGGGAACGCACCAGCGGCUCAAGCAAAGCUGAGCGACACCGAGGUUGGUUCCCUCGCUGUUGUGCCGUCCAGAUCCUCAGCACAGAGAGUGACUCAGACAACCCUCCCACAGACACAAACAGACCAGUGCAGGAUUCACCUGUAGAAAGUAAGAAGAAAAGGUGAUAAAUUCAGUGAAUAUCAAGUUGAGGGACAAUGAAAGUAUUAUACAACUAUUUUGUAAUCAACUGAGUGUUUUGUAAUUUUCAUGCAUGAUGAACAUUUCAAAUGAAUUUCACUUUAGACUGUGGGUGAUCAGAAGAAUGGACUUUAUUUUUUGGUCAGUUGUCAUAUUUGACUAGUUGAUGAUUUCUCCACUUCAUAUUGUCAUGGGAAGUGGGUUAGUCACUGAUUGUAACUUUCUAAGAUUACGCUGUUUUCUAGCACCAUAGCACAGUCACGUGUGAUAACAUGGUAGCAUAAGCAGCAUCUCUUGGAAUUUUCCUGCAAAUCAAAUGGCUCAGGUGCUAGUCCAUAAGCCAGAGGCCAUGAUUCCAAGUGAGUGUAUUACAUGAGAAACCUAACUGAUCAUUGUAAGUGUUAGAAUACAUAAUAUGGUAGAUGUUUGAGCCAUCCUCUCUAUAUACUAAUAGAAUUACUAGUAAUAGUGAUGAAAAAUUAUAUUUAAUACUGGAAGGAUUCGUGUGAGGAAAAUACAAACUAAAGUUUGGGUUUUCCUCAAGUUUUGUGCUGUGGUUUUCUUCAUAGGAAAUGACAGGUCUUCAAAGACCCAGACUUUAGUUGGUACCAUCAUCACCACUCCUCUUUCCAACUUGUUGAAAUGUCUCCUAAAUAAUAAUAUUAAUUCUAAUGAUAUCAACAUUGUGCAGCUUAAAAGAUGGUUGUAAUCUUUUGGAACAUGCUGGUCACUUGAGGCCUGUGAAAACCUUGCAGGUUUGUAUUAGUUCCUGAAGUGGGUACUUGUUGUUGAUCAUUAAUGAUCCUCAGGUUACCACCUGUUUGUAUGAAAUGCAUUUAGUGGUGACCCUCUUUUUUGGUGUAAAUGUUUCAGACUGAAAUGUCAGAUAGAGUGUUUGGGGAAAUAGUCGUUCUCUGUAAUUUAGAACAAAAAUUUGGGAUCUAUUUCAUGCUCAAGAAAGCAGUCUUGCUCACAUUCACUUUUAGAAGUGGAAUUAUUAUCUGAGCUUGGGUUUAAGUGCCAAAUUCUGCAUUCAAAUGCUUUUGGAAUAAAUUAAGAUAGGGAAGUGCAAAACACAAGUUCAAUUUGUAUUACAGUAAGUCCUCAAUAUAACAAACAAUUGGUAGGCAACACUAUACCUGUUAACUUAAGAUUCUGCAGCAGUCAGGCCCCAGUGCUAAUGGUUUACCUUAUCUGUUUUGUGGUGUUUUAGGUCCCACAGCCUUGCAUCACUCCUUUAUACCUAUUGCACCAACGUACUCUAUCUCAUGCAUGCCUUUCACACUCCUGGAUUUUUAGGUCCCUAUGACCCAAUGUUUCCUUGACUGUACCUAUCUGUUUUGUGAUCUUCCCUCUCACUCUGUUGCCUUCUACUCA